AGUCGUGCCAAAUUCAUUUUAUUUAAAUCAAACUGACAAAAAUGGGGCUCGAUUAUUACGGAAUAUUACAAAUUCCACGACAUAGUACAGAUUUAGAAAUAAAAAAAGCAUAUCGAAAUUUAGCGUUAGAAUUUAAUAAAGAAUUAUUAACCAAUACUCAUGCUCAACAAGUAUUCGCUUUAAUUGGAGAAGCGUACGAUGUACUAUCUGACCCAGCUAAAAGGGCUGUUUUUGAUCAAUACGGAGAAGAAGGGUUGAAAAGAGGCAUCCCAACGGUUGAUGGUUGUUUUCCCGCUUAUCGAUAUCAUGGAGAUCCCAUGUUAACUUAUAAAAAAUUCUUUGGUACCACAUCACCAUAUGCGGAUUUAUUAGAUGUAUUAAAAAACCCCCCGGCGCUUUACCAACUAACGGACGGUACUAAAUGUGUAAAGAAAAAACAAGAACCUAUAAGACACCCUUUAUACUUGACCUUGCACGAAAUUUAUUUCGGUGGCGUGAAAAAAAUGAAAAUCCAUCGAUUGGUAUUCGUAAAUGACGAAAGAACCACCACUGAAGUUAGAGAGAAGAUUUUGAAUGUUCCAAUUAAACCGGGAAUAAGACAAAAAACGGAAAUUGUUUUUCCCGAAGAAGGGGAUCAAAAUCCGGCAACAAUACCCGCCGAUGUUGUAUUCAUAAUAGAAGAGAGGACACACGAAACUUUCGUUAGAAACGAAGAUGAUUUGAUAAUGACUGCGAAUGUUUGUUUAGAAGAUGCACUUUUGGGAACCACUGUAACCGUCAACACAAUCGAUCACAGGAUAAUAAGAGUCCCGAUAACAGACAUUAUACAUCCGGGCUACGAAAAAAUUGUGGAAAACGAAGGAAUGCCAAUUUUAGAACAAUAUCCCUAUAAAGGAAAUUUGAUAAUUAGAUUUAAUGUUACUUUUCCAAAAUAUUUACCGAAAAAUUGCAAGGAAAUGUUCAAAAAGGGUUUCGAUUUGUGCAAAAUCGAAGGGGGCAGUAGUCAACAUGAAGUUAUCAAUAAACUCGUAUUAGCAGACAAGAUUCUCCGCGUUGAUCCUGAUGAAUGUUUACCUCCGACAAUAAGAACCACUAAUUAUUAAUAAAAUUUCAAUAUCGAUGUAAAAGUUUGUUGUUUUUAAUAAAUAAUUAAAAUAAUUGUUUGCUUUUAUUUAAAAAAAUAUAUUUUCACAAAUUCAAAAACAGAAAAUGACAAAUUUAUAAAGAAAAACGUAGAAUUUCUAUGCAAAAAUGAUGAAAUUUUAACAAAAAAUGAAAAAUUAAGAAGGAAAAUGAUAAAACAUCAAGCAAAAAUGAUGAAUUUCGAAGAAAAUUAUGAAAUUCUAACAAAAAUGACGAAUUAAUAAGGAAAAUCAUGAAAUUCUAAUAAAAAGUGAUGAAUUUUGAAGAAAAAUGCUGAAAUUCUAAGUAAAAAUGACAAUUUUCGAAGAAAAAAGGUAAAUUUAGAAGAAAAAUGAUGAAAUUCUAAAGAAAAAUUAUAAAUUUCGAAGAAAUUCUAACAAAAAUGACAAUUUUAUAAGGAAAAUGAUGAAAUUCUAACAGUAAAUGAUGAAUUUUGAAGAAAAAUGAUAAAUUUCUAAGUAGCAUGACGAAUUU